AUGACCGUCACCUACACGAACAAGGUGGCUAAUGCCCGCCUUGGCUCCUUCACCCGUCUGCUGCUGUGCUGGCGGGGCAGCAUCUACAAGCUGCUGUACGGCGAGUUCUCCAUCUUCAUCAUCUGCUAUUACACCAUUCGCUUCAUUUACAGGAGGGUCCUCAAGGAGAGCCAUCAGACAAUGUUUGAGAAGCUGAGCCUGUAUUGCGAAGGCUACAUCCAACUCAUCCCCAUCUCCUUCGUACUGGGCUUCUACGUGACUUUGGUGGUGACCCGCUGGUGGAACCAGUAUGAGAAUUUGCCGUGGCCGGACCGUCUCAUGAGCCUGGUGUCCAGCUACGUGGAGGGCAAGGACGAGCAAGGCCGGCUGCUGAGGCGCACGCUCAUCCGCUACGCCAACCUGGGAGUCUUGCUCAUCCUGCGCAGCGUCAGCCACGCUGUGUACAAGCGCUUUCCCACCUCCAAACACCUGCUGGAUGCAGGCUUUGUGACUCCCUCGGAAUACAAGUAUUUACAGACACUGACCUUACCACACAACAUCUUCUGGGUGCCCUGGGUGUGGUUUUCCAACCUGGCGAAGGAGAUCUGGCUAGAAGGUCGAAUCCGGGACCCUGUUCUACUCCAGGGCCUGAUAGACGAGAUGAGCUUCUUGCGGACUCAGUGUGGACACCUGUUUGCCUAUGACUGGAUCAGUGUCCCGCUGGUAUACACCCAGGUGGUGACCGUGGCCGUGUACAGCUUCUUCCUGGCUUGCCUGCUGGGCCGGCAGUUUCUGAUUCCAGUCAAGGGCUAUCCUGGCCACGAGCUGGACCUCUUUGUGCCUUUGUUCACGUUCCUACAGUUCUUCUUCUAUGUUGGCUGGCUGAAGGUGGCAGAGCAGCUCAUCAACCCUUUUGGCGAGGAUGAUGAUGACUUUGAGGUCAACUGGAUUGUUGACAGGAACUUGCAGGUGUCCCUGGUUUCUGUGGACAACAUGCACCAGAACGUGCCUAUGUUGGAGCGGGACAUAUACUGGAACGACCCGGAACCACAACCCCCCUACACAGUGGCUUCCUUCCACUCCCGGAGAUCUUCCUUUAUGGGCUCCACCUUCAACAUCAGUCUGCAGAAAAGAGAGAUGGAAUUCCAGCCAAUUCCAGAGGAAGAAAAUGACAGUCUCCUGGAGCAGCAGCCCUAUCCCUAUGACUUCUGUCAUCCGAGGAGGGUCCUAGAUACCACCAAACCGCUGUGCCCCAGGAAGAAGUGCUCUCUCUGGGGCCAGCCCAAGAACACCGAGCAGAGUGCCAGGGACUGGGAGGGCAGCAACCCCUGGAAAACUCUGGCACCAGAGACCUUCAAGGUGGCGCCGCUGAUCAUGGGGACAGACCUCAUAGCCCCUCAGACCCCUCCUGGCCACACUCAUGGGUUCUGCCUCCCAGAACAUUCAGAGUCCUCGGGGCCUUGUGGUGUCACAAGCAUGGAUGCCCAAACUUCUGGGACUAACAGCAGUUUAGAGUUGUCCCCUCAAACCAGUGGGGCCUUGAUUGAGUACCCAGAAACAAGGAGGAAAACUGUCGAGUUUAACAUGACUGACAUGCAAAACGUCCCUGAAAGUCAUCCCAGAGAACAGAAUCUGGAACUUUCCGGGAGCAGGAUACACUCCAGACUCAAAGAUCAAAGGAAUCCUUAA